ACUUUUCUUGUGACCUCCAGCCUAUCCAGCCUCAUCACGACAUUCCAUCUCGUUCAAACCGUCACGCCAAAUCUUGACGAAGAUAUUCUUGGAUUUCAAUCCGGGAAACUCGGAGGCUGUAUAUGACCUCGGAACUUAGAAAGGUUGAAACAAUCACGAUAUGGCAAAGUGGAUUUCUGGUAGCAGUACACCGAUAAUUCAUACAACCUCGCUACUCAACACAGUCUGCUGGGCAAUCCUUCUCGACCAUCAGAGUUUGGUGAAUUUAAAUAAGAAGUUCGUUGGAUAUGAGCAGCUCACGAUAAUCGACAGAUUCUACUUACCUGCUCAAACUUGCCCUCUUCGGGGGCAACCCAUGCAGAUGCCAAAUCUUCGGUGAGGACGCUAUAGUGAAAGAGUCGAAUGAGGCCAUCGAUCAGCAUCGGUCGCUAGUACCAAGUGACUCACAGAUACGCGUCUUGUGCAGGCACGAACUUGACGACCCAUCUCUGAGGAGACACAACCCAUGCAACAAGACACCCACCGUCGUCGACGAGAUCGCUGAUCUGAUAGAGAUCUUUCUUCGGGUCUAUUAGAGUGACCAUAAACUGUUGACACGCAACCUUCAGAACAGGACCUUAGGAAGUCGGGAGAACACUCACAGGCUCAGGUCGGAACGCUUUAGGAAGGGCGUAAACGGGCUUGGGAGGAGGCGGGAUGAUUAUCUCCCCGAGGUCGGGAUGAAUGACGAACGGGAAUGCAAGGGAUCUGCCAUCGAAGGUGCGGAUAGCAUAUUCGCCAUCCCUUAGUUUGAUUGAAGACAUAGUGAGAAUGAAGUGUUAGUGGAGUUGAAGACUGAUGGAAUACCAGAC